GCAAACUCACUACUUGAACUUGACAUCCUGACAUCCAUUCAUUAACUUUGCUAUCAACAGAAAACAAGGGUUUCAUUAUUAUCGUGGAACAUUCAUCGCAAGCAAGUUAAAACGAAAACCACUUCUUCAUACUCAACAGAAGCCAAACGAUUGCAAGACUGAAGUUUUAGUAACGUAAGCAACAAACAAGUAACAAAAUGGGUGAAGUGGGCGAAGAAAAAUCUCAAGAACGAGUGUACGGGGGUUGCGAAGGUCCCGAUGCGAUGUACGUUAAGUUAAUUUCGUCGGAUGGUCACGAGUUCAUUGUAAAACGGGAGCACGCCCUAACUUCGGGUACUAUCAAAGCAAUGCUGAGCGGCCCAGGUCAGUUUGCAGAGAACGAAGCCAAUGAAGUUAACUUCAGGGAAAUUCCGUCUCAUGUACUUCAAAAAGUUUGUAUGUAUUUCACAUACAAGGUUCGUUACACUAAUAGUUCAACUGAGAUCCCAGAGUUCCCUAUUGCGCCCGAGAUAGCGUUGGAGUUACUAAUGGCUGCGAAUUUCUUAGAUUGUUAGAUACGCCUCAUACGCCAGUCUUAAUAUGCGCAUCCGAAUGUCAUUUAGUUUAAUUAAUUUACUGUAAGAUUUUGUGUUAUUGACUAAUUCAAUCUCCUUUUGUGAUGCUAGGUGAUUAAAUAAAAGUCAAAGCUAUUGUUCUGUA